UUUGAAGAUGCUACUGAAGUUAUUGAUUAUAUUUUUUUAACACCAUAUUUUACAUUAGAAAAGGAACCAUAUUAUAGCAAAACUUCAAAUAGUUUUAUUUUUUCAUUUAAUAAUAAAUCAAAUCUAUUACUAAGUAGAGUAAAAACUGAAAGCAAAAAUAUGGCUAUUUGGAAUG